UUGUGUUGCUGUUGCUGCGUACCUACUAAUUCGUUUUUUAAUAUGAUUCAAUAAUUAUAUGGUUAUCCUGUUUAAAUAUUUGCAAAUAUGACGUUGAACUUGGGAAGAAAAGAUGGUGGGCCUGGCUACGUCGGCAUUCAGUUUUGCCAAGAGUGCAACAACAUGCUUUAUCCGCGCGAGGACAAAAACAACAAAGUUUUACUGUAUGCCUGCAGAAAUUGUGACUACAAGCAACUCGCCGACUCCAACUGCGUGUACGUGAACAAAAUUAUGCACGAAGUGGACGAGCUGACGCAUAUAAACCCUGAUGUGGUGAGCGACCCGACGCUCCCGCGCACCAAGGAUCACAUGUGCCCGAAAUGCAAUCACAGAGAGGCGGUGUUCUUCCAGGGCCAAACCAGACGCGCCGAGGAGGAGAUGAGGCUGUACUACGUGUGUACGAGCUGUAAGCAUAGGUGGACUGAGUGAACAUUGUGUGCUGCUGUAAUUUUAAGAAUAAACUGUUUUA